UAUUUAUUUUUGUAAUGACCAGUGAAUUUGAAGAAAAAGACGAAAGUCUUCAAAAUCCGAAUGAAAUUAGUACAUUUCGACGAGUCAUACCUCAGGUACUUGCAUCAGCUGCAAAAAGUUUGAUCAUUCUCAAUAAGGGUUUGUAUGAUGGUUUGGCAGCGAUUGCGAUUCCAUCGAUGCUCGGCAUAAGCCAAGAACUCAAUUCAGACGAAACAAUCUCAAUCACAUCUCUUCAGUCGUCGUGGUUUUCCACAUUGUCAUUAAUCGGUCAUCCAAUUGGGAGUAUAGUCAGUGGUCCGAUUUGUGAUCUACUGGGUCGCCAAAAAACUAUGCUCAUCAUCACAAUACCCUAGGGGCUUUUAUGUAUAUGAAUAUACGA